CAUUAUUUUAGCCUGAAAGUUACUUCUAACGGAUCUAUCAUGUAUACUCCGAUAACUAAAUUGUCAAGCAUCGAUACAGAAACGGUUUAUGAACCCUCGGAGGAUUCUUUUCUCUUAAUAGACGCAUUGGAAGCAGAUUUGGAGAACUUAAAAGUUAUGAAACCUGUGAUGUGUUUAGAAAUUGGUAGUGGCUCUGGUAUUGUGAUUACUGCCUUGGCAAUGGCGUUGAACAAGUAUUGUCAGCCGUUCCACCUUGCGAUCGACAUAAAUAGCGAUGCUUGUAAAGUUACAAAGAGAACUGGUAGACUGAAUUCGGUAGAUAUAGAUGUUGUGCGAAUGGAUUUGUUGAAUAGUAUGCGCGGCAAUUGUAUUUUUGAUGUUGUGGUAUUUAAUCCGCCGUACGUCGUAACAAGCGACGAGGAAAUUUUAGAGGACAGGCUUUUGUUUAAGAGUUGGGCUGGUGGUACAAAUGGUAGAAAAGUUAUGGAUCGUGUGUUCCCUAAAAUUCCCGAUAUUCUAUCAGAUAGAGGGACAUUCUAUCUAUUGGUUAUUAAAGAAAACGAUCCUGAAGAUAUUUUGCGUAUUUUUAAGGAUUUAAAUAUGAAGGGUGAGAUAGUGGCGGAAAGGAAGAUUAGGGGAGAGCAUUUGUAUAUUUUACGGUUUAGAAAAGUUGUGUAGCUAUACGUAUGCAUCUUACUCGUGUAUUUUCUUUACUGAGUUCACUGCGGUAACUAUCAAAAUCUGCCUAUGCAGGCAGUAAUUUCCUAGUAUUUUUUCGUCGAUGUUGCUUAAAUACCAAUAGGUUUAAAUCCAUAAAAGAUGUUUAAAAUUCAGGAUCCUUACGUGUACGAUACGCCUGACAAAUGUAAAUAGAUGCGACCAAGUCACGCGCCUUUCUGUCGAUACGUAUCUUCUAUGUUGUAAUUAAUAAGAGAGAUUGAAAGGGAUUGUUGCAUUUUUAUAGUUUUACUAAUGAUAAGUGCAAACACGAUCAUGACUCGUCGGUGCUCGCUGUCGUUUCCGAUUGAUCAGUAUCACUCGUUAUGAUUCGACGCUGCUCUGAAUCGCGUGACAAACAUUUCUAUGGAAUGAUCUACCCCAGAGGUGUCGAAUUGUUCGCUAGUCAUAUGCUCCGCUCAUGCUAGUGACUCGAUCAUUACGGAGCUCGCGGUUCGACAUCCCUGAUCUGUCUUGUCCCCCGUCUGUGACAUCAAUUCAUUUAGUAGCUGUGAACGAUGGUAGUCUCAACCUGUACGAUAAAGGAGCGCGGGGACAACAAUAAAGCGUAACGUUUUAAGAAAUAUAAUUUAUUCUGAAUUCACUUAACAAAUAUCUCUCUACAAUCUACAGUUUUGUCGUCGCUUUACGUUCAAAAGGUUACACUGUGACCGUCGGUUCGCGACAUUUACGCCAAAGGGAAAACUUUUCCGACCGCUGUCAAAUGCGUCAAGUUCGUUAU